GUUCCCGAAAUUAAAUAGAACUUAUAUGUAUCUGCAACUACAUAGGUAAUUUAAUAGGCAUUGCGUGUCUUUUCAGGUCAUUUUCUUCUUACCUAAGUAUAUGAAAGCUGACCUGGGACAAUUUUCUGCUAACGUGAUAGCAUCUAAUCUUUCAAUCGAAAAGAUGGUCAUGACUCAUGUUACUUAUAGUGACUUGUCUUUGUAAAGUUUUUAUUUUUUAAUGUGUACAUAAUUAUAUUUAGUUAUUAUUUUUUUAAUGUGCAUAUUUUGUAGAAUACUUUUAACUAUCUCAGAAUAUAUUAACAUAUUUAACAGUUAAACUGUCUACCGAUAUAUGAAUAUUAAAUUGACAUUCAAAACUAUCGAUUUCCACAAAUGCGGGCUCGUUAACAAAAGCUCACAACUACACUCAUUUCAAUAUAUUUUUCAAGUCGUAAGUGUAGUGACCAGACUAUGGACUGGAGUGAACUACGAUAACAUAUACAACCACCUGUGUUUAUAUCCAUCGAUUGGUCAGGGGCGGUGUGGCUUACUAUUCGAUCAUUAACCCAGUUGAGUAUAGCAAGGCGGCGCGAGCGGGCACGCCACACGCGGCAGUCCACCACGAUGCAACUGCCCGAGACGCCGCCGCCGCCCCUUGCACCCCUCUGGGACCGCGUCUUACGAGCCCGUGCCUUACCUCCAGAUCUUGACGUGCAACUCCUCUAUACAGCUAUCAAAGAUCGACUCACACACCCGGAAUGGGAAGUACGGUUGCAUGCGUUACGCGUCCUUGCUGAUCUGCUACCGCUCUCGAAUAAUGCUCUCUCCUUCCCCUUUGAUCAAGUGAUCGACAAUCUUGGAUAUAGCUCGCCGAAUGUAAGAAAAGCCGCGUUGGACGCUUUGAAGGUAUUUUGCACGCAUUGCGAAGAACCGGAAUGUGCAUCACGUGCUAUAUUAGACAAGUGUUCCUACAAUAACAUACGACCCCAUUCCGCUGAUAUCAACUUCAAAAUAAAUGUCGUGACGGGAUUAAUACUUUCGAUACCGGCCCUCGUCGGUAUUUUGAAAAGAAGGUGCAGAGACCUUGACCUGUACCCUAUAUUUGAAGAUUUAGGUCAAAAGUUAUUUGAUCCAGUUCAUCGAGACGUGGCUCUAAGAUCAUUAAUGAAACUGCGUCGCGUGUGUGGACCACGUGACUAUAUGUUGCUGUUUUCCAGACUAGAUUCGAGGAUACAGGAAAAAUUUCGGUAUUUGUGUGAAAUUUACGACGAAGACUCAAUGGAUGUUUAUUACGCUCCGAGAAGACCACGCACUCAACACUUAAUGCAAAUUAAUCGUAUUUUAAAUAAUUCAACAACAAUACCUCUUAACUUUUCGACUGACUCCUCAUCGGAAUCUGAGACGUAUAGGAUUCCAUUGAACAAUAACAAUUUUGCCAAAGUGAUUAUUGAAACAGAAAUAAAGUUUGAUUCAGAUACGGCGAUUACUAUGACUGUUUUAGAACAAAAUGAAACUGAAUCUGAUAGAAAUAAUGGCAGUGAUGAAGACUGUGAUAGUGAUGAUAGAAUGUUUUUAAAAUAUAGUGAAGUUGAGUCAGAAGAAGAUUCUGACGUGGUGGUGAAGAAAGUUCGUUUUGGUGGUGAAAGUGUUAAAAUACGGACGCCGGAUAGUGAUAAUUUGUUAAAUAGUGAAGAUGACAUCAAUCAAAACAGGCAUUCCGAUUUGAUAGACAAAUCCGCGGUAUCAGAACAACCUUCUAUUUUGAGUAAAGCAAAAGAAUUAAAAAAAGAAUCGAGAAUCGAUGAAAAAGACCGAACGUUGCCUAAGAAAAGUGGAAUACCAUUGCCAAUUAUAAAUAAAGGAAAUGGGCUCAGUAAUGGUAAGACCAAUACGCUAAAAUCUAAAUCCCUAAGUGAAUUGUAUGAUUAUUUUAAAUACGGUAAGGAAAAUGCAAAACCGAAGGAUCGAUCGGGAUUUGCGUUGACUCUUACCGAUGUGAGGUCUCCUGAAAAGGUGCCGAGUCCAGUUGAAGUUCAUAGAGAGGUGGAAGUUUUACAUAAUUUACAAAGGAGUCCUACGUUAUCUCCAAGACGACAGCAAACCCGAGUGAGUGUAGAGAAAAAUGGAUUUGUUCUCAGUCUAAUCGCCUCAUCUCCCCCUGAAUCCUUGAUGUUAUCUCCGCGGCCGUCUUCUCCUCUGAAGACGCAAUAUGAAUGGGAGACUCUAGGUAUUGUGCCUAAGCAUGUAGCAGAUCAACUGCAUAAUACGGAAAAUUGGAUAGCAGCAGUGAAAGCAGCAGAUCAGCUCCACAGCGCGUUAUUGGAAACCGAUAAUGUUCUGCGCGUGGAACCGGCUGCACUGUCUCUCGUGGAACAUAUGUGGGCUCUUAGUGAUGCUAUACCAGCAACAAAAGCCCCAACCGAAGGUGUGGUAUGUGCAAUAGUUCGAAACAGCAGUUCAGACUGUAUUCGACAACUCUUACCAACUUUACUAGAGAGAACUACUAGAGAACCACCUCCCAAUGCGCUACCACAUGCCUUGUUGCAAAGGAUUGCGUUGCAUCACUUGGUCGAAUUGGUGUUUGAUCCGAAUGUUAUAAGGCUGCCAGAAUCAGAGCUAGAAGAAGCAAGAUUAAGAUCAGCGUUAUGUCUGGCUCGAGCGGCAGGACCCGCUGCAGUAUUGGCUGCUGUGAGACGAAGACUCUCUGGGUCUUCACAAGCUGAUAUCUUUUGUAAUAAGUUACGAGAUCGGCUAAGCAGACCUAUGGAGAGCGUGCGAUCAUCUCAGUUUACGAAUGGGUACAGAUCACAAUUACCGGUAUCAACCCGUCGUGCCCGAUCAACUCCGCCCGCACCAACACCGCGACCGAGAAGAUUACGGCCAUUACCAGACUCUGCUCCAUUACCUGGUAGUACUUCACCAGGAAGGGUGUUUGAUGUCAAACCGCAAGCAAACUUAAGUGAAAGAGAUUCCAGUGCUAACACGAAUAAUACAGACAAGGCGGUAGAUUCAACCCCUGUGAAAGAUGAAAAACUUACAAUUGAAGAUGUGUCGGAACCGACGGAAAACGAAACGCAGAAAACUGAAGUUAUUUUUCGAGCUCGUACUCCUUCCAUACACGUCGAAGAUUUUUCUGAAAAAUCAAAUGAAUCUCAACCAAGUUUUGACGACAAAACAUCGGCAGGAGAACCAGAAGAAGAAAAACUAGGAGAACAACUAGAACAAACAAUUUCACAAGAAUCUGUGGAGAAAGCUGAAAGUACAGUUUCGCGGCCGCAGAGCGAAAAAUCUGUAACAUCACAACGACCAGCCAGUUAUCAUUCAAGUGAAUCAAUACAAAGUGUUCACAUACAAGAUGAGCCCAAGAGAAUUAUAGAGCGCGAUGUUCGGACAGCAUUAGCAGAGACCAUCUUACCACCUCGCCAUGAAGACUGGGAGGCGAUAGUUAGUGCGUUGGUCGAAAUAGAAAGACUUGCAGCAGAUGAAACAGCUCGUGCUCCAGCUGCAAGCUGGCGAGCUGUUGUCCGUUCUUCUUCAGCUCACGUGCGAUCCCUACGAUCUAGAGUAGCUCGAGCAGCUUGCGCAGCAUUGGGAACAUUGUUCGAACAUCGCGGAAAAAUACUAGAGCCAGAAGUGGAAGAAGCAGCCUGUGCUCUAUUAGAGCGAUGUGCGGAUGCGAAUAGAUUCCUAAGAGCAGAAGCUGCGAAUGCUCUAGGUAGAGUCGCUUGUGGCGCGGGCUGUGCAAGAGCAGGAGUCGCUUUAGCAAGGCGCGGCGCUACACAUAGAGCGGGACCAGUUAGAGCCGCAGCUGCUCAAGCAUUAGCAAGACUUGCGAGACACUAUGGGACAUCGAAAAUUCUAGAACUCCCUCCAGAACCGAGAAUCGUUGUUCUACGAGCCGCUGGAGAACUCCUCGGUGACGCUCACCCAGAAACAAGGCUUCACGCUCGACACCUUUGCGUCACUUUGGCAGAAGACCCGCGCUUCAAUCAAAUGCUCAAAGACUCCAUGACCCCGAGCAGAUAUCGUGCUAUAGAAAAAUAUGUUGAUAAAUUACGCUGUCGGUGAAAUCGCGUGAAAACUUAGCAAUUAUGAAUGUUAAUAUAACUGUUACGCAAUAGUUAACGGUGAACUAAAUAACUAAAUACAAUUUUCGUGAAUUAGUGGUACGAAUAAGUGGAAUUGAAUGAAUGCGAGUUUGACUCACUGCCCAUAAUGUCCCAAAAAUGUGUAGAUAUUCAAUUAAAAUUUAAAGCAUUUAUAUUAUAUAGUAAAGUAAUAAUAUUUGAGUGAUAUUAAACUGAUUUGUGUAUAUUUUUACGGGUAAAAAUUAUA